CAGCAUUUUGGGGGAAUGAUUCUCCUCGGAACUCCGUAUAUUACAGAGCCUGGUUUUACCUUACCGUCAAGGCUUCCCCGCCACCGCCUAGUCCUCCGUCGGGCCUCUACUCCGCCACCGCCAUCGUCUUAUUAAUUUAUCUCUUCAAGACACGUACUAAACUAAAACAUGGGUGGAGGAAACAAGAAAAGGUUUAAUAAAGCUAAGAGCCGUAAAAUUCACCAGUCUUCAUCGGCUCGAAGCCUUUUUGUGGAAGGCGGCGUCUUAGCCGAUUGGACGCCAUCGUUUAGUUCUCCUCCUUCUAGAGGUCCGAACCACCGUAUUUAUUCAGUCCAUUUCUUCUAUUCAAAUUUUUAUGAAAUUCAAUUUAAUUCGUUGUUUGAAUAUUCAGGGAGGAAUCAGAGAAAUGGGAAGGAGACAUCUGGUUCCGCAGGGAGAUCUGCUACUGGAAGUGGGAGGAAAAAGCCCAACUCUGGUACCGGGUCGGGUUCCAGAAACGAAUCUAGCAAGAGCAAGGGAAAUGCAUUCGGUUUCGUGUAUCCUUCUUUUGAUUCUCAGGCAGAUACAAACUGCACCAUAAAAGAAUCACGAGAGGAUAAAUUAGAAAAUUCUGCUCCUAUUCUUCUGGUUGAUUCUAAAGAGACCCAAAUCGUAGCCUACAUAGAUGAAGAACCCACCAAGGAUGUCCCAGGUUUAAAGUAUGAUUAUGAUUACAGUACUGUCAUGCUAGAGGAAAGUUCUCAUAGAGGAUUAGGGUUUUCCAAUGAGGUAGAGGAGACUACUGCUAGUUAUGAAGUAUCUAAUCAGUUGGAGGAGGAAGAAGUUGCCUUUGAGAUGUCAUCAGCUGAGGAGGAUGUGAAUUUUGAUGACAAUAGUGGAGAUGAAUUCAUAGCUGAGUCAUCAUCGGGGGAAAAUCCAGGAUAUCUGUCUAUCGGUGGGCUGAAAAUAUACACUGAGGACAUUGAAGAUGAUGAAUUUGAUGGUAGUGAUGACGAAGAGUUGUCUCCAGAUGAGGAAAGUUCAGAUUCUUCUGAAUCAGAGGAUUCUGCUCAGUCAUCAGACAGUGAAGAAUCUUCUGACAGUGGGUCUGAUAUUGACGACGAGGUUGCUGCAGAUUAUUUUGAAGGAAUUGGUGCAAGUGAUAGUUUGCUGAAUCUUGAUCAGCUGGUGGGACGAAACGGUUGUGCCUCACCUGACAGGGGCUGCAGUGGUGGUGCCUUUGAUGAUACCUUGGAGAAGCUUGGUGGCAUAGCCCUUCAGGAAGCAUCCAUGGAAUAUGGCAGGAUGAAGCCUCGAUCAGGUAGGAAAUGUCGUGCCAAAGAUAUGAAAGCUUCAGUCGGCAAGUAUACCUGUUCAGCAGAUUUGGACGACAUUAUGUUUUUGAAGGAUCCGAGGACAAGAUCUGGAAAAAAGAAGCAUGUUACCAGACUUCCAAGGUCGUGGCCUUCCGAAGCUUCAAAGAGUAGAAAAUUUGGAAAAGUUCAUGGUGAAAAGAAGAAACACAGAAAGGAAAUGAUUGCAGAAAAGCGCCGAGAAAGAAUGAUUCGCCGUGGCGUUGAUCUACAGCAAAUAAAUUUGAAAUUGCAGCAGAUGGUACUCGAUGCAGUUGAUAUUUCAUCAUUCCAGCUCAUGCAUUCUCGUGAUUGUUCCCAGGUUCAAAGGUUGGCUGCAAUAUAUAGGUUAAGUAGCACCACUCAAGGUUCUGGCAAGAGAAGGUUUGUCACGGUUACAAGAACACAACAUACAUGUAUGCCAUCUUCAAGUGAUAUGGUCCGCUUAGACAAGUUGAUUGGAGCUAACGAGAAGGACUCCGAUUUCAGUGUCUAUGAUAUAGACCUGAGGAAAGGAAAGGGAAAGACCUCUGGCUCUGCUCCAAGAGGUGUAAAGUCUGCUACAAUUAACUUGCAUUCUGAGCCAAGAAGGAAGAAAAGAAAUGAGAAACUGGGUUCUUAUGCUGCUCAACCCGUGUCCUUCAUUUCCAGUGGUAUAAUGGGUUCUGAUUCGGUGGAGUCUUUAGCUAUGGAGACUAGCGAGAUGAGUGAUACUUACAAUGAGACAAAGGUUGUUCCUGGUGAAGUUAAAUGUGGUGCGUUUGAGUUGCAUACUACAGGUUUCGGCUCAAAGAUGCUGGCCAAGAUGGGAUAUGUAGAAGGUGGCGGGUUAGGGAAACACAAACAAGGAAUUGCUGAGCCAAUUGAAGUAUCUCAGCGCCCUAAAUCACUCGGAUUAGGUGCAGAGAUCCCUGAAACGAGUGUUAGGCCAUCAAAAAAGGAUUAUCCAUCUGUGUCACCUUUGCCACCUUCUGCAUUCCCAGGCAAACUGGCUAAAAAGGAGUCUCAACAGUUUGGAUCUUUUGAGAAGCAUACAAAAGGAUUUGGGUCAAAGAUGAUGUCAAAGAUGGGUUUCGUUGAAGGCAUGGGCCUAGGCAGAGAUUCACAAGGUAUGGUGAAACCUUUGGUAGCUGUAAGGCGUCCAAAAGCCAGAGGCUUGGGUGCCGAGGGUUAAGUUAAAUUGUUAUUAAGCUGUUAUGUACAUACAUAUGGUUGUUGUAAUUUUAAGGGUCUAAGGUUGCCAUACUGGAAAGGUUGAUGAUCGAUCAUUUUCAAAAAUUUGAACAUAGUCCUAAAAGUUGCUUCUUUGAGGAUGGUAUCUUUAUAGUAUUGUCAGAUAUUCUGAAUCUCUGCUGUCUAGUUCUGGUAGUUUUGAUCUCUGCACCUUACACGGUAUGUGUAUCUUUGGCUGAGUACCGCGACGUAAGUAAUAUAUUGAGCUGUCUGCAUUGAGUUAUGCAAAUUGUAUGAGCAAAUGGCUUUAGAAUAAUUCAAGGCGUUGUGAGCAUUCCACUGUGCCAAAAGUGCGGAUAAUGGUUAUGUUACACCUGCUCCUAAGCUAUCCAUUCUGAAAGGGAAAGGAAAACUUUGAGGGCACGUCCUGCAGCUGACUUCUUCACGGUCCACUCAUCGUGUUAGUACAAAUUUGAAUAUUGUUUUAAGGCAGAGAAUUGUACGUAGAAAGUACUAAACAAGCCUGGACUGCAUUUCAUUUUUGUCACGCAAGAAAAAUAUAAAAAGAAAUGAGCACUACUAUAAUGUAUUAAGAUUGAAUUUGCAAUGUUCUUUUUGUUAUGAAAUAAUUAUUAUGUUUAUGGUACUAUAGUGAUUCCA